AUGUGGCGAGUGUAUUUGUCUUUUCUUAUGCUAUUCAAAAUUACUUUAUCAAAUCCAACUCCAAAAAUUAGUGUUUUACAGCCGUAUGUGGAUAACCCUGCUGUUAAGUUAUUGCAAGAAUAUAUUCAGAUAGAUACGAGCCGUGAGGAAAACAUUGAAUGUGCUGUUAAUUUUUGGAAACGUCAAGCAGCUGACUUAGGUCUGCCGUUUAUGGUGUAUAGACCUUCAGGAAAACCUAUUUGUGUGAUUACAUGGACUGGUGCCAAUCCGAAACUUCCGAGUAUAAUUCUCAAUUCUCAUAUAGAUGUCGUCCCAGUUGAUGAGCAAGAAUGGACGUACCCGCCGUUUUCUGGAUAUAUUGAUAAAAAUGGUAACAUGUACGGUCGUGGCACACAAGAUACAAAAUCAGUCGCACUCCAUUACCUAGAAGCUAUUAGAAAACUUAAGGAAGAUAACGUUACAUUGCAAAGAACUUUACAUAUUACACUUAUGCCAGAUGAAGAAACCGGUGGAUUUAAUGGCAUGGUACCGUUUGUAGAGACAGAAGAAUUUCGGGCGUUAAAUCCUGGUUUUAUUUUCGACGAAGGAUUGUCGUAUCCUGAUGGUACUCUAUAUGCAACGUAUCAAGAUAAAAGAGCUUGGCAACUUAACUUAACGAUUCACGGCGCGGGAGGCCAUGGUUCUUCAUUUCCAGAUGGAAGUGCAAUGCAAAAGGUGCAGCAGUUAAUGGAUAUCACAACAAAAUUCAGGGAACAACAAAAGCAAAUUAUGGUUUCGAGAGAUGUUAAUGAUUUUGGAUCCUAUACUACCAUUAAUAUGAAUAUUAUCAAAGGAGGCGUCGUUCCGAAUAUCAUACCCAGUCGAGUCACCGUGGUUAUUGAUAUGAGACUAGCGGUUACGGCUGAGGUUCAUGAAGUGGAAGCUCUGAUACAAUCAUGGAUUGCGCAAGUGGGAAAUGAGACCGAAUUAUCAUUCAUUCGUAAAAUAGAUGUAUCAGAAGCGACAAUACUAGAUGACACAAAUCCUUACUGGGUGGCUGUAGUUGACGCUGUAAAAGAGAUGGACAUGAAGAUCAUGCCAAUCGUGUGUCCAGCUACAUCUGACAUGGUUAUCCUUAGGAAUCGAGGAUAUCCUGCUAUCGGAUUUGCUUACAGACCCUACACUGUGCCUCUUCUUCAUGCCGCUGAUGAAUAUUUAAAUGUAGCUACUUUUCUUAAAGGAAUUGAAGUGUAUGCUAUAAUUCUGAAAAAAGUUGGUAAUAUAUUGUAA